AUGACGAUUCCAUCCGCUUAUGCCAUUGUCGCUAACAGUUUUACCGGGAGGACUUUGAACAUGGCAGUUGCUGGAAUUACUGCAUCCAGUAGCAUAGGAUCCGGUAUUGGUUUUCUGUUCGGAGGUGCUUUCUACAGCACCUCAGUUGGUUACAGAGGAAUGUUCUACCUUUUCGCAGGCCUUGCUUUUCUGGCAUCGUCUCUUUCAUUUCUACUUGUGAAAAAAACGAUGGCUUCCCCUGCGAAGAUUUCUAAACUCGACCAUUGCGGAGUUUUCUUAAUGCUUGGCGGUGCAUUGUUGCUGGUGACUGGUCUGACUGAAGGUGGUGAGCAUUGGGAUUCUCCCAAGGCAUACGUGCCAAUCAUAGUUGGAGUUCUCAUGCUCAUAGCGUUCCUGCUUUGGGAGAAACGUUUCUAUAAUCAAUUCAACUGGUCGAGAUCCUCUGAAUUGCUUAUUCCAAAAGAGCUUUGGAUGGUCCCAAAUUUCAUACCACUCAUCCUUGUCUUGGGAAUGAACUUCGGUUCCAUGUUCAUUCAAGUCCUCGUCAACGUUGACAUAUACCAGUAUGUGUCACAUCAUUCUGCCAUUAUCUCUGCCCUACAAGCUCUCCCGGGACCAGUCUCGGUGUUUGUCUCCACCUUUGCUCUCGGUGCCACGUUUGGCAAAGUUCCUCCAAAGUAUGCCAUUUUUGUGGGUAAUAUUUUUAAUGUAGUUUCAGGUGUACUUUUGAGCAGACAAGGUGCUGAUACACACUCGUACUGGAGAUUUGGCUUUGUGGGUUUGAUCAUUCUGGGCGUCGGUACUUCAUUGACUUUCAUCAACACCUUGAACACUCUAGUUGUGUCAUGUCCUUUGAACUUGCAAGGUCUGUUGUCAGGGACGGCUUUGACCACUGCUCAAAUGUUUGUCGCCGCAGGUUCAGCUGCUCUGUCGUCAAUUGUUGGUUCUGUCGAGCUCGUCGAUACUGUCGAGGAAAGACAUAAACUUCUGAAAAGGUACCGUGAUGUAUAUUAUCUUAGCAUAGCUUUAGCAGGGUUAGCUAUUAUUGUGACAUUCUUUGUCAAGAAUCUGCCAAUCACGCCUCCUGCUGAGGAUGCCAACAGCGAUGUUGAGUCUGGGAAGAAGGCAGAGAUGGUGCCACCUUCACUCACCGAAGUUGCCAACCACGAAACCGAGUUCACUUCGGAAAGCGACACGAAUCAUUGA